AUGGUAAUAGUGCUAGUCGUACCAGUUGUAUGUUUCGAAAGAUUCAUGGCCACAGUUCUAGUUCAAGAUUAUGAGAAAAAACGGCGACCAAUGAUUGGAAUUCUGCCAAUUCUGUUAACCGAAUUUGUCGGCACGAUUCUAGCGAUACUCUUGACAUUGACCUAUAUAACAGAUCAACAACUUGCUGCUAUUGUGAUCUUUGUUCAACUGAUUUCAUGUGCAGUGAGUACCAUUUUGAACCAGGAAACCUUAAAAUCACCUGAAAAACUAGUAUUUAAAAAUAAAAGUUAUAUGUUUACAGGUGUUUUAUCUUAUCCGACAUGUUACCAAGCAACUCGAUCGUAAAUGUGAAACCAACAACCAAUUUUACACUUUAAGCAUAAAAUAUCAGAUUUUUGAAACUUAUCGGCUUAUGAAACUCAUUCAAUUAUUAGUUUCUCAAGUUAUAAUUCUCAUAACAAUUCUAGCUUUUGCUGUUUGGUUGUACAGUUCACAAAAGCUUACAACUAUGCAAGGAAUCUAUAUGGCAAUUAUAGUAGAGGCAGUUGCGCAUAUGUGAGUUAGCCUAACCUUCACAUUUUCAAAAUAAGCGUGUUUUUGUUGUAGUAACCCGAUUUUCAUCUGCUCCUCCGCAAUGUUCUCCAUUCCACAAUGGCCGCAAAGAAUUCUCGAAUGUCUGCCAGGUCGAACACGCGCCUCGAAGAUCUCUGCCAAUAUCCUCGAAAAAAAACUAGACCCCGGAGCACGCAGCCAACUCUAUUUCGAACAUCUCAAAAAUUCAUGGUGA